AUGUCCGCUAAAAGAUUUAAUUCAUCAAUUACUCCUGUGAGAACCUCACAAGCCCCACCACCUGCUGCUUCUUAUUCACAAGCAGUUAAGGCAAACGGAUUUAUUUACGUUUCUGGUCAAAUUCCAUACACUACUGACAACAAGCCAUUACCAGAGUCAUCAACCAUCCAAGAUUACGCCGAACAAGCUAUUCAAAAUGUUUCAGCCAUCUUAGAAGCUUCAAACUCUUCUUUGAAGCAUAUUGUCAAGGCUAACAUUUUCUUGACAGACAUGAAUUCUCAAUUUGGUGAAUUCAACAAGGUUUAUGCCAAGUACUUCAGUGAACACAAACCAGCUAGAUCCUGUAUUGCUGUAAAAGAGUUGCCAUUGGGAGUUCCAUUGGAAAUAGAAGCUAUUGCAGUUGAAAGAGAUGAUAACAAAUUAUAA